CCAGAAAAGCCAAGAAAGAGAGAGGGUAUUUUUAUAUUUUUUAUUUGAUGAUCCAAACAGAAGCAUUUAAUCGUUUUAUCUUCUCAAAGGCCCCCUCUUCUAAUUCUUCACCCUAAUAUCACCCUUUUUACUCUCUGCUCAUACAUUUUGCCCCCAAAAAAGCCCAUAAAAUCUUUGACCAGAAAAAUGGAUUAAAAGUGAACAUGCACUUGGAGAUAUUUCAAGAAAACCCAGAAAAAACCUAAUUUUAAUUAAGAAAAGCGGCAAAGGAACCAAAAAGAUUUUGUUGGAGGGGGUUUCUGAUGGUGAGCCCCGAUGAACCCAACAUAAAGGCCAUUGAUGCGUCGGUGGGUGGCUUGGUUUGGGUCCGACGCAGAAACGGUUCUUGGUGGCCGGGUCGGAUUGUGGGCCUUGACGAGCUCUCCGAGGUUUGUUUGGUUUCUCCAAGAUCCGGUACCCCUGUUAAGCUUCUUGGUCGUGAUGAUGCAAGCGUGGACUGGUAUAAUCUUGAGAAGUCUAAGAGGGUGAAGGCCUUCCGUUGCGGAGAAUAUAACGGAUGUAUUGAGAGAGCAAAGGCUUCAGCAGCAAAUUCUUGCAAGAAAGCAGUGAAAUAUGCUCGAAGAGAAGAUGCUAUUCUUCAUGCACUUGAGAUUGAGAGCACACGUUUAGGCAAGGAUAAUCCUGAUUAUUUCUCUAGAAAAGAUAAUUCUAGCUGUGACAAGGGUAGUUCAGCCAGAGAAUCACCCACCAUGUCUCAUUCUGGGGAAGAAAAUGAGGAUAUGUAUGAUGAAAUGAGUGGAUCUGAGGAUGCUUCAGAUUCAGCUCCAGAAUUACCUCAGUCUGGCAUAUCCUUUGAAGAACCAAAUCAUCUUAAUGGUACGAAGGGGUGCUCUAAGCUGAUAAAGAGAAGGAAAACCCCAAAUGAUUCCGAGGAUGAUGGAUCUCAAAGAAUAAAGCGAAUGAAAGGACUUGAGGAUCUAGGUAUGGGUGUAGGAUCAAAAAGAAAAUCCCAGGCUGCAGGUUCACUUGAGCUAGUUCAACAUGAUAAUGCUUCAUUCUAUGGACCAAAUACUGGAAGUUGCCUGUCUAAUAGAGGUCCCAUAAAUGGUAGCAGAAGUCAUUCAUCGUCAGUGAAAAGAAAGAGAUCUCAAGUGGAAAAUAUUCAUGAAUUCCUUAAAAGGAAAAACCGUCGUCGACCAUUAACCAAGGUUUUGGAGAGUACAGCUAUUGUGUCAGUUCCAGUUGUUUGUGAUGAACUUCCAAGCCCAAGUUGUUCACCCUUAGGGGACUUUCUGACAGCAAGGUUUCAGGAAUUGGUUCACGCAAAAUUGCACCUACUGGAGUUUCAUGUGAGAAUGGUGUCUCAAAUGCUUCUGAACGUGUUGCCGAUGCUGGUGCUGAUUGUGAUGCAUCUCUUACUUAUAAUAAGACAAAAGAAAAUGAAAUUUCCGGCUUACCAGAGUUAGUUGAAAAUGAAUCUUCUAACAGGUUAUUUGAUGUACCAUUUGUUGGAGAAGAUAAGCCAUCUGCAGAUUUUUCUCCAAUAUUUGUAUCUUGUUCAACUGAGACACCUGAAGUUGGUGAUUUGGGAAGGCAAACUGAAAUUGAGGGGCAUAAUGAGUCUGGUUGUACCAAAUCUGUGGAUGUUCAUGCACCUAGUAUUAGCCAGAGGAUGGAGAAAGGAACUGCUGAGUGGCAGUUAAAAGGAAA